CACAGAGCUACAAAGAAGCCGGAAUGGCCGGCGUCUCUAUGAUAUGAUAAGAAACUUGUGCUUGUCAAAUUUUGCUUCACAGCAAAAUAAGGCACAGUCCAUAUCCCUCUCUUUACGGUCAAUUCCUUAAAACUCACACUCAUACCAAUACCAUCAUCGAAAUCCUCAUUAAAACCCUUGCGAAUUGGCAUUACAUACUCACUUAAAUCCUAGAUAGAGAGUUUAUACUUGUUAAUAUUCUCUGCAUUCUAAAGUAAAACCAAAUUAGGGAGAUAUGGUGGCGGGUCAUGAACAACACCUACAACAUGCAGCAGGAGGAGGAGGAGGAGAGGACCUCUCUCUUGUCUCCGCAGACCCUGUUGUCUUAGAGCUCAAUCGUAUGCAGAACCUACUCAAAGAAAAGAGCCUCGAGUUGGGGAUUGCUCAGGGUGAGAUCAAGGCUCUCAGAGCUACUGAAGUUCUAAAGGAUAAAGCUGUAGAAGAGCUAAGUAAUGAAGUAGAGAAGCUGGAUGAGAAACAUAGGCUCACGCAAAAUCUUCUAGAGCAUAAGAACCUUGAAAUUAAGAAACUAACAGAUGAGAAGAGAGAUGCAUUAGCUGCACAAUAUGCUGCAGAAGCAACUCUUAGAAGGGUACACACAAAUCAAAAGGAUGACGAACUUCCUUCUCUUGAAUCUGUCAUUGCUCCUCUCGAGGCUGAAAUCAAAAUGUGCAAGAAUGAGAUUGCAGCGCUUCAGGAGGACAAUAAGGCUUUGGAACGUCUCACCAAGUCGAAAGAGUCGGCUCUUCUUGAGGCAGAAAGGAUAUUGCGAAGUGCACUAGAAAGAGCUCUAAUAGUUGAAGAGGUCCAAAACCAGAACUUCGAAUUGAGGAGACAAAUUGAAAUCUGCCAGGAGGAAAACAGAAUCCUUGAGAAAACAAAUCGUCAAAAGGUUUUAGAGGUUGAAAAGCUUAGCCAAACCAUUCAGGAACUUGAGGAGGCCAUUUUAGCUGGAGGGGCUGCUGCCAAUGCUAUUCGUGACUACAAAAGACAGAUAGAUGAAUUACAUGACGAGAAGAGGACUCUGGAGAGGGAGCUAGCAAGAGUGAAAGUUUCUGCAAACCGAGUAGCUACUGUUAUUGCUAACGAGUGGAAGGAUGAAAACGACAAAGUUAUGCCUGUUAAACAGUGGCUGGAAGAGAGAAGACUUAUGCAGGCAGAGAUGCAACGUAUGAGGGAGAAGCUAGCAAUCUCGGAUAGAACAGCCAAGGCAGAGGCACAACUCAAGGAAAAGCUGAAGUUGAGGCUGAAGACUCUAGAAGAAGGGUUAAAGCAUGUUUCAAGUUUCUCUGUCAAUCCUAAUUCAUUUUGCCGUUCCCCUAAAACAGAAAAGUCCAGUAACUUCUUAGGAUUUCUGACAAGCCCUGGUGGAUUAGGAAAGAGAUCAACUUCACAGCCAAGAGCCUCCACUCUUAGAAGUUCUCCUCUCCAACAGCCAAAUUCAGGCAAUGAAACAGCCAAUGCUGCAGGAGAGCUAAAAAGAUCAAAUAGCUUUAAAAAGAGAUAUGGUUCAGGAGAAAAAAUGCUGAGAAAAAGCUUAUGGGCUUCUAGAACUAAAGUUGUUGAUAGUGGUGAGAAGGAGAACACAGAACAGAAGGCAAAUACUGAUAACAACAAGAAUGAUGAUGAGACAGUUACUGCUGAUAUAAAAACUAAAGAUGUUGCCAAUGAAGACUCACCCAACAAGAUAAGCAUUAACUGUGAAAGUGAAGAUGUGGUCUCAGGAUUUCUCUAUGACAGACUUCAAAAGGAGGUCAUCAAUCUGAGGAGGCAUUGUGAAGUCAAAGAGAGUGAUAUGAAUGCGAAAGAACAAGAAAUAAAGAUGCUGAUGAAAAAGGUUGAUGCACUGACAAAAGCCAUGGAAGUGGAGUCUAAGAAAAUGAAGAGAGAAGCCGUUGCUAGAGAUAAAGAUGCUGCAGCAGCCAAGGUGGAUGAUAACAAAAAGAACAGAACUAUAAACUCAUCUAAGAGGGUAACAAAAGCAUCUUGAAAGUUUGCUUACAUGGGAUUUUAUUAAAGAUUGAUAUAGUGUUUAUGAGCAGUGUGUUCCGAUUUUUUUUAUGUAAAUACAGAAAGAAAAGUUUCACCAGUGAUAGCUAGCUGAAAUAAGAUUCUGGAUGCAAAUGGAAGAGCUUCUCUUGUACAUUUUAGGUUGAUGUGUGUUUUCCUCUGCUUGAAAUCUGCACAUAAGAAAUUCAUACA